AGUUAUAAAGUGUUCGGCUUUCGUUGGAGAACAUAAAAAACUUUCGUCUACAUAUUUUAAUAAUUUGAAAAGCUGAAUAUUCAUAAAAGUUGCACAUUACUGCUUGAUGAUGAUUAUUUAGAAAGUAAAAUUCAGCAGCUUUUAAACACACGAAGUAAAUAUUAAACGAAUAAAAAAUAUUUUGACGACCACCUUACGUAGUAUCGUGUUGGAAUUUGAGUGGUGAAGUCGAAAAAGAUAAAAAAAAUAUAAAAUAGAAACAAAACAUUCAUUAAAACAUGUCAACAACUGUUGAAGUAAUUCGCAAUCAGAAUGGAAUAAACGAUUUGAAGAAAGAAAGUUUUCACAACACAUCACAGUUCAUUUUAAAGUUUAUGUCACAAAAUACUUUCGACAUGUCAUGUAUGGUGCUUGCAGAGUUCCUUGGAACAGCAGCUCUUAUAUUUUUCGGAUGUGCUGGUGGAAUUCAUUGGAAUGGCGAUCCUGGACCUUUAAUACCGCCAUUAAAUUUCGGCUUCAUCGUUUUGUUCAUAGUUCAAAUGUUUGGACACAUUUCUUAUGCUUUACUUAACCCAUCAGUUGUCAUUUGCGCAGUUGUCAAUAAUUUAAUAUCAGUUAAGACUGCAAUUUUACACGUUAUUGCUGAAAUCUUCGGUGCGAUAUUUGGAUACGGACUUUUAAUGUUUGUCACUCCCAGCGACAUAUUUUCGUUGUCUCCGGAAGGAAUUUGCAUGACUCUUGUUCAUCCUGAAGUAUCAGUUUCAAAAGCAUUCCUGGUUGAAUUCAUUUUAACGAGUACGUUGAUUACAAUCAUCAGUGGUGCUUGGGAUCCUCGUAACCGUAACAAUACAGAUUCAACAGCAAUAAGAAUUGGACUCGCAGUGGCUGCUUUAAGUAUAGCUGGUGGACCUUACUCAGGUGCGUCAAUGAACCCAGCACGAUCACUUGGACCAGCAUUGUGGAAUUGGAAAUGGGAAAAUCACUGGAUUUAUUGGGUGUCACCUCUGUCAGCUGUACGUUACUUGAAGUCACAAAUGGCAAUUUCAGAAGAUCCAUCAAGGACGGGUAAUGUCAUGGAUAAUAGAAGCUCUUCAAAACUAACUGAAACAAUUUUCAAGAUCGAAAAUACUUCAACUAAACAAUCGAAGUUGAGAUGGCAUGAAGACUUAAUGAAGCAAGAGCAUUUGGAUUUGUUGACAAAGUUCCUAGCUGAGGUGAUUGGAACGGGAUUGUUGGUGUUUAUAGGAUGUAUGGGUUGUGUGUCAGGUUUUGGAUUUGAGCCCAAUCACUAUACAAUUGUGACUGGAUUUGGCUUGGCCGUCAUGUUAAUUAUUAACAUAUUCGGAUGCGUUUCCGGUGCACACUUGAACCCAGCAAUUUCAUUAGCCGCCGUUGUUUACAAAUUAAUGACUCCAACUACGGCGAUCGUUUAUUCUAUUGGACAACUAUUAGGCGGAUAUUUAGGAUAUGGAUUACUUAUGGUUUUAACUCCACGAGAAUUUACAAGUGGCGAUGGUUUCUGUGUGUCAGCAGCCAAAGCUGAUACAUUUACAGCUUUAAUUGUCGAAUUUAUAAUCACGUCAGUCCUUAUUCUUGUUUAUUGUGCAGUCAUUGAUCCUCGUAAUGCGAAAUAUCAUGAUUCCGUGGCAUUAAGAUUUGGGCUGACAGUGGCAUGUUUAGCCCUUGUCGGUGGACCUUAUUCUGGUGGAUCAAUGAACCCAGCACGUUCUUUUGGGCCAGCACUUUACAAUUGGAAUUGGGCAAAUCACUGGAUUUACUGGAUUGGACCAAUGGCAGGUGGACUUGUGACAUCGGUUGUUUUCAGAACAGUCUUUUAUAGAGAACCACCAAGAGAAGAAGCAUUACAAAUUGAGGAACAUCCUCUUAAUGAUAAGAACAAUGUUUAAAAUUUUCAUAAAUAUUUUUACACCAAAGUUGAUUUUAGAAACUUUUAAUAAAUUUUCUUGAAUAUAGAACUCGAGAAUCUAUUCUUACCUUAUUAUAAAUUUUAAUGUAUGUGUUAUUCACCAUUCAGAAACUA